CGCGACUCGACGAGUCGCGCCUCUCGCCUCCUCCGGCUGGUCGCCCCCGUGGCCCCGUCCCCACCUCGCCGAGCGAGCCCAACCGGAAGCUCGGGCUCAGCCCCCUUGCAGCCGGCUAUGGCGGUGCGCGCGACGGUGUCCCGCUUCCCGGCCACGCCGGAGGCGCUGGAGUCGUGCGCCGUCCAGUGGGGCGUCGCUGUGACGCCCUUCGCCGCCGCCGACGAGCGCGGACAGCCCCCGACCACCGGCGCCGGCGGCGACCGCGUCCCGCGCUGCGAGCACUGCUGGGCCUACUUCAGCAGCCACUGCGAUCUGGAGCGCUGGGGCUGGUCCUGCGCGCUCUGCGGCACGCUCAACGGAUUCGACGACGACACCGCGCGCCGGUUUCAGCGCCCCGACGCGUGCCCCGAGCUCAACGCCUCUUUCGUCGACCUCGAGAUCCCAGUGGAUGAGGCGGAGGGUGGAGGAGAUGGCGUGCAGGCGCGGCCUGUUUAUGUGGCCGCAGUGGAUCUCGCUUGUUCUGAGGAGUUUCUGGAACUCAUCAAGAGUUCGCUUCUGGCUGCCCUAGAAGCUCUUAUUCCGGGCUCCCUAUUUGGGCUUAUGACAUUCAGCCACAAGAUUGGGGUGUAUGAUCUCCAAGGGCCGAUUCCAGUUGUGAAAAAUGUUUUUAUUCCACCAGACUUAGAGGAAGAUGGUCUGCCUGUUGCCCUUGAAGAUGCCAUGCCCCUUCUUUCUUUUUUGGCCCCAGUUGACACGUGCAAGGAUCGAAUUGCUGCUGCCCUGGAGAUACUGCGACCUACAUCUUCAUGGGAGCGAGGUGCUGCUUCUGGGCAGGAAGAGGAUACUGUUUUGCUUGGCGGACGAGGCUUUGGAACAGCCAUGUCUGCUUUAAUUGACUAUCUAAGUUCAGAAUAUGGUUCUACUUUUGCUUUGGCUCGGGUGUUUGCUUUUCUAUCUGGUGCUCCUGAUUAUGGAGCUGGUCUGUUAGACACCAGGAGAUAUGGGGAGCAAUAUGCUAGUAAAGGGGUAGAUGCUGACCUUGCAUUGCUCCCUGAACAGAUACCUUUCUACAGAGACCUGGCAGCUGUUGCUGUUCAAGCAGGAGUAUGCAUAGACAUAUUUGCUGUAACUGAUGAGUACACCGAUUUGGCUUCGCUGAAGUUUUUGAGUAUUGAAAGCGGUGGAUCGUUAUUUCUCUAUGCAAAUACUGACGAUUCAACACUUCCCCAAGACAUAUACCGCUUGCUAAGCCGACCAUAUGCAUUUGGUUGUGUUCUAAGGCUGAGAACAUCUUCAGAUUUUGAACCAGGCAAUUCUUAUGGACAUUUCUUCCCUGACCCUCAAUAUGAAAAUGUGCAACACAUCAUCUGUUGUGACUCAUUUGCGACUUAUGCAUAUGACUUUGACUUUGCUCAUAAUGACGGUUUCUCCAGGCAUACAGAUCCCGCUGUUGUACAGAUCGCUUUUCAGUACAGUGUGAUUGAACCUGUUGAAGAAACAUCAGGCAAUGAAUCACGAUCAUCUCCAAGUUACAAGUUUUGUUUAAAGAGGCGUUUGAGAAUAAGAACAUUGCAGUACCGUCCGGCUAGGAAUAUCAGUGAAAUUUAUGACAGUGUAGAUCCAGAGGUUGUACUGCAUAUUCUUGUUCAUAAGGUUAUUUUAGAGUCCUUGGAUAAAGGGGUUAGAGAAGGCAGACAACAAGUGCAUGCUUGGCUAGCCCUCCUUGCAGCCCGGUACAAUCAGGCCCUUAGCUCUGAUUCUCGAACUCCACUAUCGAGCGUCGACAUUGACUUCUCGCAGUGCCCACAGUUACAAAUGGUACCACAACUCGUGUUCGCACUGUUGAGAAGUCCUCUUCUUCGCUUGCAUGAAGAAGGCGUACACCCAGAUUACAGGAUAUAUUUACAAUGCCUUUUCAGUGCACUGGAGCCAUCUUCUCUUGCUAAGGCUAUAUAUCCAGUUUUGAUAUCAUAUUCCUCACCUGACAAGCAAGCAUUCCCACGGCACACUUUAAGCCGUGCUGCUCUAAUCAUGAGCGAGAGCCCAAUAUUCCUUCUGGACGCUUUUACCAACCUUAUUGUUUACUAUUCAUCAACUGCUGAUCCUUCAAUUCCUUUUCCUCCACCCCGAGAUUGUCUGUUGAGAACAACGAUUAAUAAAUUGAAGCAGGAUAGGUGUAUAACACCAAAGCUUACAUUCAUCCAUGGAGCGAAAGAUGAUUCAACAUUGUUUGAGAGCUAUCUCAUCGAGGAGCAAGAUGUUGAUGGUUCAGGCUUUACAACUGGUUCAGGGUUUGUAGCCUUCCGUGAGAGCGUCAGGAAUGUUGCUGCAGAAAUCGUCCAGGAAGAAAUUGGAAGCUAGUUUGAGCUUGAUUAUCCUUCUGGUUCCGCUGCAGAUUGUAUCGACAGGGUCGCAUUGAUGCUUUUAACCUUUAAUGUUAUAGUAGCUAACUGUAUGUUACUUGCCAAAACAAAGAAGGAAUGUCAAGGAAUAAUAAAAGGUGGCCACUUUAUAGUUACUUCUGUCAGCUCAAUGCUUCAGGCAUUAUUAGUCAGAGAAAACUUCUGUACCAGUUUUUUUGUCACUUAAAUUUAUCAGCCGCGGAUAUCUAUUGAUGCAAAAGAGACUCAAGAAUUUUUUUUC